AUGGCGCCGCCUAGCAGCCUCGGCAAGCGCGUCAAAGGCACCCAAGUCAGAAGGCCCUUCGUCUACGGCACCACCGCCCGCCCCUUCGACCCCGAACACAACCCCAAGCCCGAGGGCGUCCCAGAAGACCACACCCACUCAUGGGAGGUCUUCGUCAAGGGUAUCGAUGAUACGGAUAUCACUUAUUGGUUGAGAAGAGUCCAGUUUAAGCUACACGAGUCUAUCCCCAACCACGUGCGAAUGAUUGACGGCGAGCCCGGGAAGCCUUUCAUUAUCCACGAGACGGGCUGGGGAGAGUUCGAAAUCACAAUUAAGAUGUACUACGUAACCGAGUCCGGCGAGAAGCCCCAGACCCUCUACCACCCUCUCCGCCUACACCCGUACGGUCGGACCGACGCCGAGAAGGAACAGAUGCUCCGCCAGAACGACGGCGAGAUCCGCGCUUGGUCCUUCGACGACCAGCUCUUCAACGAGCCCUACGACGCCUUCUACGAGAUACUCACCUCGGGCGCCCACCCCAAGGGCCACCCCGUCGGCAAGGGCGGCAAGGGCAAGAACAAGCCGAUCCCCCCUUUGCCGGAGAAGACGUCCAACGUGCAGGUCUCAUGGGAGCGGAGCGCCCUGCUGCCCGCCGUCAACAAGCCCGGCCAGCCCUUCAGUCUCGAGACGGAGCAAAUCGAGGUCAAGAAGCUUGGGGAGGCCGAGACCAAAGUUAAGGAGAUGGCCAAGAAGCAGCUCGAGGCUCUGAAGGAGAAAGAGGCUCUUCUCGCCUCCCUCAAGGCCGAGAACUCAGCCGCUGCUGCGAGCGGCUAG